CAUGUCCAAAAUUCGUCCAAACGGAGUUUUUAAGGCGGGCGUGGCGUCCUAUCCUUAUCUAUCCAGUGGACACGAACAGCACCUCCGCCCUCCCCUCGGCUUCCCUCCAAUGCCGCCACCCAUGGCGCUGCCCCUCUCCUCCUCCGCCGCCACUACACUCCCUACGCUCCCGCCCUUCCGCUCUCGCGUGCCCGCCACACUGCACCUCCCCUCGGCCCGCGCCAGCGCCCGCGCGGUCUCCGCCGGCUACGCCGCGUCCUUCUACGGCGGCUCGGCGUCUGCGGCCAGCGGCGCCGAGGACGAGGGGGUCGGCGACGAGGGGGGCUCCUCCGCGGGGUUCGGCGCCGGGCUGGGACUCGGCGGCGGCGGGCUCGGGAUGUCGGCCGCGGAGGCGGCGCUGGCGCUGGAGGAGCGCGAGAUGCCGCCCUGCCCGCCAGGGCUGCGCCAGUACGAGACCAUGGUGGUGCUCCGCCCCGACAUGUCCGAGGAGGAGCGUCUCGCCCUCAUCCAGCGCUACGAGGAGCUGCUUGUCGCCGGCGGCGCCAUGUACGUGGAGGUCUUCAACCGGGGAGUCAUCCCACUGGCAUACAGCAUCAGGAAGAGGAACAGCCGGACCGGCCUGCCGUCCACCUACUACGACGGCAUAUACCUCCUCGUCACCUACUUCACCAAGCCGGAGUCCUUGGACGCUCUGCAGCAAAGGCUCAAUGCCGACGACGAUGUCAUCCGGUCGACCAGCUUCAAGGUCCGCAAGCGGAAGGCCUUCUAAAUUUGGUUUCUUCGAUUCUUCUGCGUCGAAAAGCUUCAGGUUUUGAGUGUGUUCAUAUCAUACCAGAAUUCUGCUUCAGGUUGAGAGAAAAUGAUGCCUUUUUCUUGUA